UUCCCUUCGACAGCCCUUCGAACCGGUCGCGAAACGGUGCUUUCUCCCGCUCGGAACACAAACUCUCCAGGGAGUGAUUUAGGUACGCGCGAAUGGAGCCCAAAAGCGAAGAACCAACCUGAAGAAAAGAACGUGAUAAGUGAACCAAAAGAGUGCAUUAGAAGCAUUUAAAGUGAGAGAAGCGAAAAAAAACGUUUGCCGUACAUGAGUUCGAUUGCGGUUUUAACCGGUCCCGGAUGACGACGCCACUGCCGCCGGUCCGGACCACCAGUCGUCGGAGGAGAGUUUUCCGACUGCACUCGAGAAAAAUUGAAACAAAAAGUCAACUCCCCGAACAGUUGGCGGAGCAAAGAAAAAAGUGUGUGAAAACCCUUUAACCAGAGCAGAAAAAAGUGCUGUGAAAAAAUGAGUUGCACAACUAACCGGCUUGCUGCGACAGCUUGUUGAAGUUUUGUACGGAGAGGAAGAAGUGUGAAAAGUGUGUGGUGAAAAUUGGUGAAAGAAGAAGGAAAAUGUUUUAAUUUCCCGAAGCGCGUCAAAGCAUAGAAAAAAAAAACGCGAAUUAGUUUUGAUGUGCGGGUUAAUUAAAAAUAAUUGCUUGUUAAACGUGUAGGGACAACGUGGUCCCAUAAUUAGACUGCCAAUUUCGGUGGGAAAAAAGUGAACCAGCCUGAAGGAGCAGUGCGCAGUCUAGCGCAGCACAAUAAUGUUAGCUAAAUUAAGUGUAAAUAUAGUUAUUCUUCUAAUUCUAGGAAAAGAAAUCAAAGCCAGCUGGGAAGAAUGGUGGACGUACGACGGCAUCUCAGGUCCCGCCUUCUGGGGUCUGAUCAACCCGCAGUGGAACAUGUGCAACAAAGGGCGCCGCCAGUCGCCGAUCAACGUCGAGCCGGACAAGCUGCUGUUCGACCCGUACCUGCGGUCGCUGCACAUCGACAAGCACAAGAUCUCCGGCACGCUGCACAAUACCGGCCAAUCGUUGGUGUUUCGUGUCGAAAAGGACACCAAACAGCACGUGAACAUCUCCAGCGGUCCGCUGGCCUACCGGUACCAGUUUGAGGAGAUUUACUUCCACUACGGCACGGACAACAACCAGGGCUCGGAGCAUCACGUGCACGGGUACAGUUUCCCGGGGGAGAUUCAAUUAUACGGCUUCAAUAAGGAGCUGUAUCACAACAUGUCCGAGGCGCAGCACAAGGCCCAGGGAAUCGUCGGGAUCUCGCUGAUGGUGCAGAUCGGCGAUACGCCCAACCCGGAGCUGCGGAUAAUCACCAGCACCUUCAACAAGGUGCUCUACAAAGGUUCUUCCACCCCGAUCCGCCACAUCUCGCUGCGAUCGCUGCUGCCCAACACCGAGCAGUACAUGACGUACGAGGGGUCCACCACUCAUCCCGGAUGCUGGGAGAGCACGGUAUGGAUCAUCCUGAACAAACCCAUCUACAUCACGAAGCAAGAGCUGUACGCGCUGCGCAAGCUGAUGCAAGGGUCGGAACAGACCCCGAAGGCGCCCCUCGGCAACAAUGCGAGGCCACUGCAGGCGUUGCACCACCGGACGGUACGGACCAACAUCGACUUUGCCCACACGGGGGCCAGCAAGAAUCAAAACUGUCCGACCAUGUCCAAGGACAUGUACUACAAGGCGAACCGUUGGACGUCGGAAAUAGCGGCCCGGGGCCGCGAGCGAGGUCUUCCAGACAUUGACACCGUGUUCCAGUCGCUACCGUAGUGGAACUGGCGCGGGGGCACCACUGGCAACACUGCCGCUGCGGGUAGAAGUGGCAGCAGCAGCAGUGCCGUGGCGGCCAAUUCCCCCGACUAGGCUUGUGUAGAAAAAAAAACCAACCGAACUAAAUUCCUAUUUUUAUGAAAAACUCACACGAACGGAUGGACGUAUAGAAUAGAAAAAAAGUGCAAAGUACACAAUAUUGUAUAAAAAAAAGGAAAUUGUUAUUAGUUCUAUACUAACUAAUGGCGGAAUAGAAGGUGUUUCCUCGAAUAAAUGAUUGCCAAAGAAUUGCCAGGACUAGGAAGACUAGAAAGGUUUUUAAAACACGUGGGGUUAUUUAUUCACGGAGCCCCCUUUGGGGUGGACAAUAAUUCAAACAUUUCAAGUCAUUUAGAGUUUCCAUCAACCUUUAAAAAAAUAAACCAUUUCUGUCUCAGCCUCGUGCAUCAUCUUGGCAAAGUGCUGCGCUUUAGGUAUUGAAUGUAUUGUUUUUUGAACAACACUAACAACAAACAUAUAAAACAACAUUCCAGUCCACCCUCAUAGUUGCUUGAAAACGGCUCCUGACGAGACAAAACUGUGUGUCUGUGUAAAUAAAUGCCAGCCUCAAUUCCGAAAAAAAAAAAUGAUAUAAAGUGCUUCUAACGAAAACAAAGUAACACCUUAGCAGUAUUAAUCACACACAAAAUACAGCGAGUUGAGUUACCCUUUAGAGAAAAAAAAUCCUUAACUCUAGUAGCCAUUUUUAUAUAACGUGAUGCCUCUAAACCCCCAAGCGUUUAUCGAAUUUGUUGAUCCCCCUGUCUUUGCUAGGUUGAUAAAAGUAGCGUAACAAAACUCUGUAAAAAGUUUUUCCUAAACAGAAAACAAAAAAAAACGAGAACAUGAACAAUCUCACCAUACGAACAAAAACUGCUGGCGUCUGUGACAAUUAUAGAAAAUUUCCCCCGCAAAAACUGGCAACCCUUUCGCGCACGCAGCACCAAGGUGUUUGUAUUGAAUAAGGUAAGGCGGAUUUGUCAGCUGUCAAAAACUAUAUUUGGUACGACUGUGGUGUGAGGUCUGUCACCGGUUUCACACCAGUUUUAACUGUCAAAAUUGCACAAGUGUUUCAUGGGUUUUAAGCUCAAGGUAUGCUAGAUUUCCGAAAAAAAAAUUUCAAAAGGUUUUUCUUUUAUUUUGAACAUUUUAUGAUUUUAUACCUAUAAUCUUUGGCAGUUGUGGAUAAUCAAUUUAAUUCAUCAAAAAGUUUUGUAUAUUUUUUGUAUGAUAUGUUUCUGUUUUAAACCCCGAGAUAACAUCAAUUUUCUUCAGUGAUUUCGGAUGCAAAAUAUAAUAGUAGUUUAUGCAACAAGUAGCAAAAAGAAAAUUUUUUUAGCACGAGUCGUAUAUUUAUCCAACCUUGUGCUGAAAAAAUCAAGUUUGGCAGCUAGUUCCAUACAAAUUUUUUUGCAAUUACGAAAAACAACCUUUUAAUGGAAUUAUAAGUCAAUUGUCUAUGUGUUUAGUCAAUUCACCGAUAAAAUCAAAAUCAAAACAAUAUUGAAAAGCAUAACUUUUUCGACACAAGUGCUGAAAAGUUCAAAGUAUUAAUUUUCGAUUCUUUUACUUUUAGUAGUUAAAAGUAGGUCUUUUUGUCAUGCAAGAAUAUCAGAAAAAGUGAUUUUUUAAAUUUCACAUCGGAAGUGCAAAAAAUAUUUACGCGAUAUAAAAUAACGCCUUCCAUUUUUUUUUUGUUUUAGGUACUUUGACCAAACUUUGACCAUAACUGACAGCUUGCACCACCUAGGUUAGCACGAAAAGCGGAAUCACAAAAACAAAAAUCAGAAAUGUGAAAAUUUUAUUUCUUUUCGGACAAAUUUCACCGGAUAUUGUUUUCAGUAUAGUUGUUAAUUUGAUGUUAAGAAAAAACCAUAAAAAAUGUCUUGAAAUAUGAUUUGUAUCACUACAGAAAAAAUCUGAUGGAAUUUGAUCGAAAAAAAAAACACAUUUUCAUGUUACUGAAAUUCUCUAUAAAACUGGAGUUUUUUCAAAAUGGUCCAAUAAACCAAAUUUCAGUUUUUGCUAUUUGGGUGUUUUUUAAUACCCCUGACUCAAGGCGGUUUCAAAAACACCCAGAAAGCAAAAACUGGAAAUUUUAUUCAUUGAAUCUUUUUAAAAAAAAAAAAAUAAAAAAAAAACUCCAGAAGAGUAAUAUUUUAUGCAUCUGCCUUACCUCAUACAAUCCAUCUACCUUGCACAAGCACACUGUGCGUGUCAGUCCAGUUUUUCGGGAUCAAAGUUGGCUUUGAGUUACGAGCGCGUUCUUCUUUGCGUGACUGUCAUGAAAGUGUGUGUGUGUGUGUUUGGAAGUGAGAGCGUAUGACUGCGUCGAGCGAACGUCAUCGAGCAAAGCAUCUGUCAAUCAUCAAAUAAACGGGCAUCAAUUAGUGAAACACUACCUAGCUGGAAAACGAACUCAAAUUAUUUCGGCAGUUACUGUUGCGAUACUCAGCAUCCAAAAAAAUACUUAACAACAACACUAACGUCGAAUAAUUGUUACGAAACAAAAAAACAAAACAUGCGCUUAAUGGAACAUUUGACAGCAAAAAGAAAGAAAGGUGAAACAUGGAAUUUAUAACAAAUGCAUUAGGAAAAUGACGAGAAUACUCGUCGAAAUUAUUACUACCCUCCACUCCUAACCGAAUCAAAAAUAAAAGAAGAAAAAACUGAAUUGCAUAAUUGUAAUGGCAAAAAAGCAAGUAAUAUUACCAAUUGAAGCUAUUACUAUACCGUAAUGAAUUUAUUUAACCAUAAAAACAAAACACGAAAACUGCAGCCCAAACAAGAAAACAAAAACAAUUAUAUAUAAAAUAAAUAAAAGUGAUUAAUCAA